CAGUUUGGUGACGAUUCUCCAAUGACAACAAACAAUCCGGCACAGAUAGCAAGCUAACUAUCAAACUAGUCUAGCUAGCUAAAAUCCAAGAUAAAAUAGGUCAUAUUUUUUUAUUUUUGCAGUUACCCAAUAGCAUCUGCAGGUGAAUGUAGCUCACUGGCGUUUUAUGUUGAUAACUAGCUACUAAAACAGUGGCUAGCUAACUAGCGCUAGCUAGCUAAACUUCUGUACAAUGAAACCUACAGUAGUCAACUAACUAGAUAGCUAGUGCUACCAGCCAGAUAACCAGAUUAGCUAGCUAAACGAAUGCCAUCUUUGUAAAAUUACCAAUUCCAUUUGUUUUUUGACAUAUUUUCGAAGGUUUUGUAGGGUGUGAUGGAGCAUGUGCAUCUUGCUGGAGAGGAGGAGGAUGACCUGUACUCGGGCUACAAUGACUACAACCCAACAUUUGACUCGGAGGAGCUUGACAAUGAUGCAGGUUUCCAGCAGGCCGUCAGAACCAGUCAUGGUAGAAGACCUCCAAUGACUGCUAAGUUCCCUGGCACUGCAAUUGGAGGACGGCCUUUGGGGACAGCUUUUGGAUCCAGGAUUCCCAUGGCCUCUUCUAUGGGUCGUCCCAUGACAGGAGCUGUACAGGAUGGAGCAGCCAGGCCUAUGACUGCUGUUAGAGCUGCCGGCUACACAUCAACCAUGAGCAGAGGUUCGACCUUUGACCCCCUGGGUCAGUCCAAGGGACCCGCCCCUCCUCUGGAGGCCAAAAAUGAGGAUACGCCUGAGGAGAAGAACAAGCUCCUGGAGAAGAACGUGAAUGAUCUGAUCGAGGAAAGCUGCCUGGCUCACGGCCGAGGGGACCUGCAGCUGUCUCUGGAGAAGGCCAAAGAAGCAGGUCGAAAGGAGAGAGCUCUUGCGAGACAGAGAGAGCAGUCAGGCAACGCUGACCACAUCAACCUGGACCUCACCUACUCUGUUCUGUUCAACUUGGCGACCCAGUAUGGUAACAAUGAGAUGUACCCAGAAGCCCUGAACACGUACCAGGUCAUCGUGAAGAACAAGAUGUUCAGUAACGCAGGAAGGCUAAAAGUCAACAUGGCCAACAUCUACUUCAAGCAGAAGAACUACCCCAAGGCUAUCAAGUUCUACCGCAUGGCCUUGGACCAGAUCUCCAACGCCCACAAGGAGAUGAGGAUCAAGAUCAUGCAGAACAUCGGCAUCGGCUUCAUCCGUAUGGGCCAAUACUCGGAUGCCAUCACCUCCUUUGAACACAUCAUGAGCGAAAGCCCAAACAUCAAGACGGGCUUCAACCUCAUCCUGUGCUACUACGCCAUCGGAGACAGGGAGAGGAUGAAGAAGUCCUUCCAGAAGCUCAUCUGCGUUCCUCUGGGCAUCGAUGAGGAAGACAAGUACAUCCCCACCAACGACGACACCAAAGCCAACCUGGUGAUCGAAGCUAUCAAGAACGACAAGCUGCACCAGAUGGAAAGAGAGCGGAAAGCCUUGGCUGAGAAGUUCAUCAUGACGUCUGCCAAGCUCAUUGCUCCAGCCAUCGAGACAUCCUUUGCUGCUGGGUUUGACUGGUGUGUGGAGAUGGUGAAGAGCUCCCAGUACGUGGAGUUGGCCAACGAUCUGGAGAUCAACAAAGCCAUCACCUACCUCCGACAGAGGGACUUCAACCAAGCUGUGGAAACCCUGAGGACCUUUGAGAAGAAAGACAGCAGAGUGAAGAGUGCUGCCGCCACCAACCUCUCCUUCCUGUUCUUCCUGGAGAAGGACUACGACCAGGCGGAUCGCUACGCUGACCUGGCCAUGACGGCGGACCGCUACAACCCGGCCGCGUUGAUCAACAAGGGCAACACGGUGUUCGUGAGGCAUGACUACGCUAAGGCUGCUGAGUUCUACAAGGAGGCCCUCAGGAACGACUCCUCCUGCACCGAGGCCCUCUACAACCUGGGUCUGACCUAUAAGCGCCUGGUUCGUCUGGAGGAGUCCCUGGACUGCUUCCUCAAACUGCACGCCAUCCUCAGGAACAGCGCCCAGGUUAUGCACCAGCUGGCCAGCCUCUAUGAGAUGCUGGAGGACCCCCACCAGGCUAUCGAGUGGCUGAUGCAGUUGAUCAGCGUGACGCCCACAGACCCCCACGUGCUGGCCAAGCUGGGGGAGCUAUAUGACAGCGAGGGAGAUAAAUCCCAGGCCUUCCAGUACUACUAUGAGUCGUUCCGAUACUUCCCCUCCAACAUCGAGGUGAUAGAGUGGCUGGGAGCUUACUACAUCGACACCCAGUUCUGUGAGAAGGCCAUCCAGUACUUUGAGAGAGCCACACUCAUCCAACCCACCCAGGUGAAGUGGCAGCUGAUGGUGGCUAGCUGUUACAGGAGGAGUGGAAACUAUCAGAGAGCUCUGGAGACAUACAAAGACAUACAUCGGAAGUUUCCAGACAAUGUUGAAUGUCUUCGUUUCCUGGUGAGGCUGUGCACAGACAUGGGGCUGAAGGAGGUUCAGGACUAUGCCACCAAACUGAAGAAAGUGGAGAAGAUGAAGGAAAUCAGAGAGCAGAGGGUGAAGUCCGCCAGGGAGGGCAGUGCCAGGGGCCGCAGAGAGAACAGUGCCAGUAGUGUGGGUACCCCUUUGGGUACCCCGAAGCCUGUCCAAACCUCUCCCAAGAAGGCCAUAGAUGUGGAUAUCAAAGCAGUGUCGGUCUCUGAGACUAAACACAGUCCAGUUCUGGAGCCAGGCAGAGACAGCGGGCAGAGCAGCCAUGGUGCCAGCGCCAAAGGAGAGCGUCUGAGCGCCAGGCUGAGGGCGCUGCCCGGCGCCAACGAGCCCUACGAGGCCAGCAGCCAGAGAGACAUAGAUGCCUCCUACGUGGACCCUCUGGGGCCACAGAUUGAGAGACCGAAGACUGCGGCCAAAAAGCGCAUGGAAGAUGAUGAGUUUGCGGACGAGGAGCUGGGAGAGGACCUCCUACCAGAGUAGCCCUCCACCUCCCCUCCCAGAGAGGAGCACGCUACAGCACUAUGUCACACCUCCACAGCAGUGACACGGGACAACUGAAACUAUACGUUUUCCUUACGUGACUCUAAAGGCAUUAAUCAGCUGGAAGGAAUCAAUGGAAAUUCCAUCAUCAUAUCUAUGGAGCUCCAUGUAUCAUAGAAGAGUCAGUCAUCAUAUUUCAUGAAAUGCUUGAUACAAUUUAUAUUAGUUGUAACAAAUGGAUUAUUUAUUGUGUGCGAGUAUCUUUUGUGUAACUUUGAGUUAAGUUACAGCAACAGUUCUUGAUUGUCAUUGUUCUAUUUUCUUAGGCAAGAUAAACAUUUAUUUUUCAAUCAGAAGUCAGUUCGUGUUUUCGACUUGAUGUCUGGGAAAUGUUACAUAAAAGUUUCUAAAUUGAAUGCGGCACUUCUACA